CCAAAUGUGUUAUGCGUGUUAAAGCACAUAAAGGAAGCAGACUAGCGGGAUCUGGCGGUUUCCGGUAAAAGACAAGUGUGAUACAUCUUCCUUAGGGUUCACGAAACAUGGAUAUUCGGCCGAAUCACACAAUCUACAUCAACAACGUAAAUGAUAAGAUAAAGAAAGAAGAACUGAAGAGGUCACUGUACGCCCUGUUCUCCCAGUUCGGACAGAUCAUCGAAAUUGUCGCCAUGAAAACCAUGAAAAUGAGGGGUCAGGCGUUCGUCGUAUUUAAAGAGCUCUCUGCGGCUACGAACGCGCUGAGGCAGCUCCAGGGCUUCCCUUUCUACAACAAGCCCAUGCGAAUCCAGUAUGCGAAAACGGACUCGGACGUCAUCGCUAAAGUGAGGGGCACGUACAGCGACAAGGACAAGAAGAAGGAGAAAAAGAAGAAGGCUCAGGAGCAAGCGGCUAACGCGGCCAAGAAACCGGCGGGUGCUGUGAACAUGCAGCCGGCUCCACCAGCUACGGUCCAGGUUCCGGAUAAUCCACCGAACUACAUCCUGUUCCUGACCAACCUGCCUGAGGAGACCAACGAGAUGAUGCUGUCCAUGCUGUUCAACCAGUUCCCUGGUUUUAAGGAAGUGCGCCUGGUGCCCGGGAAGCACGACAUCGCCUUCGUGGAGUUUGAGAGUGAAGCCCAAGCUGGAGUGGCCAAGGAUGCCCUGCAGGGCUUCCGCAUCACAGCAACCUGCGCCAUGAAGAUCACCUACGCCAAGAAGUGACCGCGCCUCACGCACACACCUACGUGCGACAACAGCGCAAAUGGACUGAAAACAGCCGUUCUCACCUAUUUCUCUUGUCUCUUAAGUUCAGGUUGAUUGAGCUCUUAUGUUUAUUACUCUACAGGAUGUCGGUUGUUGACGUUGGCAUAUUGGUGCAAAGGGAGGGGUGUUGUGGGUUUUUUUGUGUUUGUUUUUUUUAAUAGUGAAAUAGCCUAUUAAGACUUUUUCUUCUGAGGUUCCGCCACCACCGGUGUUCAAUCUUGCUGAAGCAGAGAGUGUUUGUGUAAAAUAUCUCUUGCGAAUGUCACUUGUAAGUGGAGCUUCUGGCAUCCUCUAAUGGUUUGAAGUGUAUUUCAUGAGACAACAGCAGCUUAAUGGGGAAAAUCGAGAUGAUCCUUUUGAUGCUUCAGUUUUCUCCAUCAAUUAUGAUUUUUUUUUUUUUUUUUUUUUUUUUUUUUUUUUUACCAGGAAGGCAAGUUCAAGGCCAAACUAGCUAAUUCUGCAGCACAGACUGCGAGCUGUUAUGAAUUUUGACCCACUGACAGGUCAAUCAAUAGACCGCUGUCGAUGUUCUGUGCUGGUGACAUUUUCAUGAUGCAGACACAUCCAAUUCAGCAUUUUUAAUAAAUUAAUUCUCUGUUGCCUGAUUUUUAUUUAUUUUUUUUUUAUCUGCGAUGUAAGAUGUAUGGUGUGAUUUUAGAUUUACACCUGUUUGAAUUUCUACAUAAAUCCAAAAGAAGAGAAGCUUGCUCAUGUUACUUAGGCCCGUUAUUUGUUGUGCCACAGGUCGUGUGUCUAUAGAUGCUCAUUACCCCUUUUCUUUUAAGAUGUUUAUGAGAACAGGGUGAUGGUAUAAGUCUCCAAGCCUUGCAGAUGCACGCUGGAGAAGGACCUUUUCUGCGUCGCUCACAGCCGCCUUUACCAACGGAGGAUGAAUGCGCAAGUUUCAGCAUAAUGAAAGAAUUUUAUAGCCGAACGCCAAGUGCUCUGCGGUAACAGAUGCCUGUAACGUGGGCGUUGUGUACAGACCAAGGUUUCUUUCUGCUGAGUGCAUAUUCUACUCAGUUUAAGUUUGCCUGGAACAUGGACUCAUGGGUCUGAAAAUUCUGGUAAGGUGGGAUAGAAAUGGUGGUCGAUACGUGCUCUUUUUAUCAUUCAGAUCAUUUACCAAGUAAUAAAAACAAUCUUCCCUGUUA